CAACCUCCCUGUGUACAGUGGAUGGACAGAGGUAGGUACAACCUCUCUGUGGACGGGCAGAGGUAGGUACAACCUCUCUGUGUACAGUGGAUGGACAGAGGUAGGUACAACCUCUCUGUGGACGGGCAGAGGUAGGUACAACCUCCCUGUGUACAGUGGACGGACAGAGGUAGGUACAACCUCUCUGUGGACGGGCAGAGGUAGGUACAACCUCUCUGUGUACAGUGGAUGGGCAGAGGUGGGUACAACCUCCCUGUGUACAGUGGAUGGACAGAGGUAGGUACAACCUCCCUGUGUACAGUGGACGGACAGAGACACUCAGUGGGGGACACUAAGCAGCCCUUCUGUCUCCAGUCGUGUGUGAAGCCACUGGAGUAUGCUGUGGCCAUCCACGAGGCUGGGACAGAGAAGGUACACCGCUAUGUGGGGAUGGAGCCCAGCGGACUCAAAUUCAACAAGCUCUACCUGGAUGAGGAAGACAAACCCCACAACCCCAUGGUGAAUGCUGGAGCCAUUGUGAUUAGCUCUCUUAUCAAGCCCGGUUCAAAUAAGGCAGAGAAGUUUGACUAUAUGAUGGAGUUCAUUAAGAAGAUGGCCGGUCGAGAGUACGUGGGGUUCAGCAAUGCCACGUUCCAGUCGGAAAAAGAAACAGGCGACAGAAAUUUUGCAAUUGGGUACUACCUUAAAGAGAAGAAGUGUUUUCCCACUGGGGCAGAAAUGAUUGACGCGCUGGACUUCUAUUUCCAGCUGUGUUCCAUAGAGGUGACGUGUGAGUCUGGAAGUGUCAUGGCGGCAACGCUGGCCCACGGGGGGAUCUGCCCAAUCACCGGCGAGCGCGUCCUGAGUGCCGAGGCCGUAAGGAACACCCUGAGUCUCAUGCACUCCUGCGGCAUGUACGACUUCUCUGGACAGAUGGCCUUCCAUGUGGGCUUGCCUGCUAAGUCUGGGGUGUCAGGAGCAGUUCUGUUGGUGGUUCCUAACGUCAUGGGAGUGAUGUGUUGGUCUCCUCCGUUAGACAGAGUUGGAAACAGUGUCCGAGGAAUACACUUCUGCCAGGAGCUGGUGUCUUCGUUUAACUUCCACAACUAUGACAACCUGAGACACUUGGUCAAGAAGCAGGACCCUCGAAGGCAGGACGGGGAUGAUAGGAACAAGUCUGUGGUGAGCCUGAUGUUUGCAGCCUACAGUGGAGAUGUGUCAGCCCUCAGAAGGUUUGCUCUGUCAUUGAUGGACAUGGAGCUGAAGGACUAUGACUCUAGGACCGCGCUACACGUGGCUGCUGGUGAGGGCCAUGUGGAUGUGGUAAGGUUCCUAACAGAUGCCUGCAAAGUGAACCCCUUUGUGAAAGACCGGUGGGGCAACAUUCCCCUGGAUGAUGCCCUGCAGUUUGGCCACAGUGCCGUGGUGAAGGUCCUACAGGAUUACCAGGUGGCCUGCCAGGAACAGGAGAGACUCCCAGUGGCUGAUACCAUACCCAUAGCCCCCAAACUAGAGACUGUAGAAGGCAUGGUGUGAUCAUGGGCCGUAUGUGUCAAGCGUCUCCCAUUAAGAGUGCUGAUCAAAGAUCAAUUUUUGCGUAAAGAAACAGAUUAUUAUAGACCGGGAGAACAGUGAUUCUAGAUCAACACCCCACCUUGAUAAAUGGGCCCAGGACCAUAAGGAUAUUUUAAUUAGGCCCCAAACAGAAGAAAACAGGUUGAAAUAUGGAGAGACUUUCUCAAGUUGUCCAAUAAAAAAAAAAACAUGAAUUUUCAUUUCUGUUGCAAAUAAGUUUGUGUCCCAAGUGGCAUUCUAUUUCCUAUAGACCUUUAGUGCAUUACUUUUGGUUAGUAGUGUGUGUGUAGUGAAUAAGGUGCUAUUUGGGAUGCAGCCCUAGUGUUAUUCCUCCCAUCAGGACUUUCUCUGGGUACAUCCCAAUAAUGUCUGCUUCCUCCUGAAGUGUUCACUACUUCCCACACAUCUAAAAUAGUUUAAUUAAUUAUACCAGUCAUUACCUUUUAAUAUUGGUGAAGGGAAGUUAACAAGUGCACACUUUGAAAGGAAGGAUAGAUAAUUGGGACAUAGUCCCCUAUCUUGUAUGCAGUAUUUACUCCUCUCAUUCAGUCAGAGAUAAGACUUGUAACAAUAAUUGUUGGGCAGCAUUUCCCGAUACAUAUACUAAUUCUAACUAUUAUGAAUUUAGCAGAGUUCAUUUUGUCAACAGCUUAUUU